AUGACACAUCCAGCCCUGGGCGCUGCUUCGAACGAUGACGGCUGGUCCAUGAAGGUUCAGGCAGAGGUGCGUGCCAUGGAGGGCUACCCGGUGGUGCUGCCUUGCUCCUUCACCCACCCCCACCACACGCUGCACUCCUCCCUGCAGGUGGUGUGGCGGCUGGGCCACGGCCAGGGCUCUACGGUGCUCUACCACUGCUCCUCUCCCACUGGGGCCAGGACCUGCCAGCCAGGCCCCCAGCAGGACCAGCGUUAUCGCCUGGAGGGGAACCCCCGAGAGCACGACCUCUCCUUGCGCAUCAACAGCGCCGCCCUGCAGGACAACGGACGCUACUACUGCCGUGUGGAGGUCCCCGGACACGCACACGYCAGCUACGAGGAUAAGAUGGGCACACGGCUUAGAGUGGAGGCUGCCCCACGAAUCCUGGGCCUGUCAGUGGAGGGCAGUGAGGAAGCUGGCUACAGGGCUCAGUGUCGUGUCCAGGGCUCUCCCCUACCUGACGUCCAGUGGCUGGGGCCUGACGAGCUCAUGGAAGGCUCCGACAUCUCUCCCCUCUCCCGGAGUCCUUGAACAACAUCACACACCAGCCAGCUCCGGGAUGUCCUCCCUGGGCAGCAGUACAAUGUAGUGCCUCCAACCCCUGGGGAAGGACCAGGCACCCUGUACAUGCUGCCCCCCAGGCAGGUGCAGGUCUCUGGGGAGGCCCCUCCGCUGCUGCUCCUGCUCUCCCUCUCCCUGGGGUUCAAGGUGCUCCUGCUGCUGGGGAUGGUAGUCUGGCUGCCGCAGGGAGGAGGCCCAGCAUGGCUCAGAUGCUGGUUCAAAUGAUACACUGUUUGCAUACGCAUACACACUAAUCCAAAUGUUUUAMCUUCUCAUUCAUUUUUCCAUUUGUCUUCAAUAAA